GUCUGGUGUUUAGGUGUUUAUUGUGUAGUAAAAGAGCAAUGGAUCUAGCGUGCGGCGAAACGUCAAACAAAUGCAUACGAGCUGUCAAAGAUAGGGCAAUUUUUAAGGACGAUAGGGUGAUAAACAAUUUAUUAAACGACGAAGUUUUCUACGUGCCCAGUUGUGAUUAUUUUACUAAAGUACAAAAUGACAUUCAGCCGUUUAUGCGAAAAGUUGUCACCACUUGGAUGUUGGAGGUAUGCGAAGAACAAAUGUGCGAAGAUCAGAUCCUACCGCUAGCAGUGAACUUGAUGGACCGAUUUUUGUGCGUCUGUAAAAUCAAGAGGCAGCACCUGCAAUUGUUGGGCGCCACCUGUCUCUUGAUCGCCUCAAAACUUAGGAGUACGAACUUUUUAACAAUUGAUCUCCUAUGCGCUUACACAGAUUAUAGUGUUACUUAUGAUCUUGUAGUGAAUUGGGAACAACUAGUCCUAUCCAAACUCCAGUACAACCUAUCAGCGGUUACAGGUUACGAUUAUAUCGACCAAGUAAUCGAAAGGUGUUCCUGGAGUCAAAAUCAGCAACUUCUCAGGCGGCAUGCCCACACUCUAGUCAGCAUUUGUUCUACUGAACCAUCUCUAAUCCAAACACCUCCGUCGGUCGUAGCGGCGGCCUGUUUGAGUUCGGCAGUUCAAGGCCUCAAACUACCUUGUCAACGAGCCGCGAUGAAUGAAAUCUGCAAAAUGCUCAACGUAGACGUAGACCAAAUCGAUUUGCUCAUCAACAUUGUCGAUAACGUUGUGGAAAAAGUGGCCAAUCCCGAGGCCGCCAACCAAAAAGCCAAGGAACCCACCAAAAAACCUGCGGGCUAUGAGAGUCCCGGCUACGGACAACCUGAAACGCCCACCGAAGUGGAAAAUGUUUAUUUUUGAUCCAUAUAUGGACAAAAUUUUAUUGUUUAAACGCUUAUAUUAUAUUAAUAAGGUAAUACUGGUUUAUAGUUUUGUGAAUCAUUUGGUGGUUACAUUCGAACUGUAAUGAUAGUCGACUAAAUUGGGCCAACAAAAAGUACCUAGGUAAUGGUUAAAGAAGGCAUUUUGUGAUAACUUGUAUUAUCAUAUAGGUUUCAUGAACCUCAGAUGUUAUUUUGUGAAAUCUACAUUAUUCUAUUUUCAUUUUGUCAUUAGCAGUCUUCAACAAGUUCAGAAUGAUUAUACUAAACUUAUAAUUUUCUAUGCGGACAAAUGGACUCAGAAGUUAUGAAAAUUGUUCUGUCUAUAAUGUUCUACGUUUUACAAUUCUCAGUCUAGGUAUAUUUGUGUCUAAUUUCUUUAUCAACCCCCCCAAAUACUUAUUUUAUUUAAUAGCCUGACUUUAACCAGACCAAUGAUAUCGUUAUUGAAACAAACAAAUUAUUGUUAAGUGUUCGCAAACAUUUUAAAUUUAUUUUUAUAAAAUAACCCUUGUACAUAUUCGAUUUAUGUUAUAUUAUUAUUAACGCUUGUGUUUUUUCUUUGGCAUUUGUAAUGUUUUUUUUUUAGGUUUGUUCUUUUCAGUCUCAAAAUUUAAAACAAAAAAAAAAAACACAAAAUAUCAGGUCCGUACACGAGAUUUUUCUUAUUUUUGUAUAGUUGGUAUUUAAGUUUGGGUUUCUAUAUUAUCGCGGUUGUAAAUUUUUUAGGGAGAGAUUGAGACUCCUCGUGUACGGUCCUGUACUGUACCUAUUUUAAGCAACUUUGUGCCUUAUGUACAGACUUCUUGGACGGCAUUGUCAAGUUCCUUUAUCGCCAAUAGUAAUAAUUAAAAUACAUAUCUCAGUACCAUAGUAUAACGAUACAAUGCCCAAUAUUUAUGUGUUCACAAAGUCCAAAAAAUGUUGUCCGAGAAAAAUAUUAAUUUCCGUAAAACGUACCCCUUUAAAAAUAGUUACUUAAUAUAAUAAGUUCAUAUACAAUACAAUAUAUAGUUAGGUACAAUAAGGAUAUAAACUGUUCAUUCUUGGACCAGUUUAUAGUUACUCGCUGUGAUUAUAAUAAUUAUUGUAAAAUAUAAUUAUUUACAUUAAAUGAAUUAUGAUAAAAUAUUGAAAAUUUGCCCAAAAAAAAAAAACUUAUUUGUGACAUAUUAUAUUACGCUUCCUUAUAUAUUUUUCGGAAUAAUAAUUUUUUUUUUGAUUUACUGAAUUAAUUGAUCAUAUAUUUUAGUUUAUUUCCUUAUAUGAUCAAUUAUUUUUUUGUUAUCUAGUCUUUAGUUAGUUUUGUACAUAUAUUAUUUUUUUUUGUAUUCUGGAUUUAUUUGUAAAAUAUACUAUAUAGUUUCUGUACUCUUACGUUACUUGUAAGGUGUGUUACUUAUAUAAACGUUUUUUUUAAGUAAUAUAACUCAGAUUUUUUUUUUUACAUUUAGACCGUCGCGUCAGAAAGUUUUAUAUUACUUGAAAAUCAAUCAAAGUAAUUUAUUUUUUUGUAAUAAAAAAUAAACGAAAACCAAAGUUUUU